AUGAAGCUGCUGAGAGUCCUUGUGCUGAUUGCCCUCCCGCUUUACUGCUUUGCUGGUUCUGGAUGCCUACUUCUAGAGCAGGUGGUUAACAAAACAAUCAGUCCUGAAGUGAGCGUUAGUGAAUACCAAAAUUUUCUUCAGGAUUUUGUUCGGGAGACUGAGGAAGAAGAGGCCUUGGCUGAUUCGAAGCAGUGUUUUCUCAACCAGCCAAACGAAACUCUGCACAACUUUGCACAGAUGAUGGUAAUUACAGUUUCUUCUGAUGUGCUUUCAAACCACGGGGCAGGGACUAGUAGGCUCUACGUUUGUCACUAA